CGGGCUCUUAUUUCUCUUGGCUGGCCCAUCCAUCACCAAGGCGUGGUCUCCUCUCGGCAACCCUCCUUUCCGCCACCAUGCCAUCGAAUCGGACCCGGAUCUGAGCACUCGCCAUCAUGACGGCCAUGGCAUCGCUCGACGAGACGACAACAGGUGCGACCUGGUCGUCCGUCUCUACGCAUCUGCUGCUCCAGGAGCUGCGCCGGCGCGAGGAAGAAGGGGAGAGGCCGCAAUGCGGCUCGCGGAAGUCGGGAUGGUACGACACGGCGGCGCACAUCUUUGCGCUGCUGCUGAUAUUGACGCUGAGCACACUGGCAUGUGGGUUCCCCCUGAUAUCCAGACGGACGACGACGGGCAAGCGACAGCGCACAAUCAUCUUCUACUGCCAGCACGUCGGCACGGGCGUGCUGCUGGCCACAGCUUUUGUCCACCUUCUGCCCACGGCGUUUGAGUCGCUCACGGACCCAUGCCUGCCGCGCUUCUUCAGCAAGGGCUACAAGCCGCUGCCGGGGCUCGUGGCCAUGGUUUCAGCCAUCAUCGUGGUCGGCGUCGAGUCGUACCUGACGGCGCGUGGGGCCGGCCACUCGCACUCUCACGCGCAUGGGCUCUUUGAAGAGAGCGACGGGGCGAGCAGCGAUGGCCACUUCCACGACGUCGACCUCAACGAUAACGGCGCCGGCGGUCUGUCGGUGCCGAAGGCGCGGAGCCACCGCUCCGCAGACAUCUCGCUCGAGGACAUGGAGGCGACCCAGGGCCUGGUCGCUGGGGCCUCGCCGCUACCCGAGUCGGCGCGCGCGGCCACGCCACGGCUUCGGAAGUCUACGGACGGGGAAUUCGACGACGGCGAGUCAGACUUGGAGCUGGACAUGGAUGAGCUUGACCCCGCGCCGGUUAGCGACAACCGCAACGGGCCAUACGCGUCCCUUAAACCGAACGGUGUCCGCAGCAGGGCGGACGCCGAGACGGGGUUGCCGCCACAGACGCCCGAGGAGCAGCAACGCCAGCUGCUGCAGUGUCUCCUGCUGGAGGCGGGCAUCCUCUUCCACAGUAUCUUCAUCGGCAUGGCCAUCUCGGUGGCCACGGGCCCGGCGUUUGUCAUCUUCCUGGUGGCCAUCAGCUUUCACCAGUCUUUCGAGGGGCUCGCGCUGGGCAGCCGGAUCGCAGCGAUCCAGUUCCCGCGCGGGUCGAUCCGGCCGUGGCUCAUGGUGCUCGCGUACGGGGUGACGACGCCGCUGGGGCAGGCCAUCGGGCUGGCGGUGCACACGCUGUACGACCCGGCAUCGAUGGGCGGCUUACUGGUGGUGGGCUUCAUGAACGCCAUCUCGAGCGGGUUGCUGCUGUACGCGGGGCUGGUGCAGCUCCUGGCCGAGGACUUUUUGACGGAAAAGAGCUACAAGGUGCUCAAGGGGCGGAAGCGGCUGCACGCGUACCUGGCCGUGUGCGGCGGCGCGGUGCUCAUGGCCCUGGUGGGAGCGUUUGCGUGAGCAUUUGUCGCGGAGAUCCGGGGCGUCGAUGUGCCACAUGUUUUGUGUGUGACCACUGUGAGUUGUAUGAGAUGGUCAUCAUUACUAUUGCUUCAUACGGCGGCAUUUGCUGUGGUCUUGGGGAGGCAUUGCAUUUCAGGAUGCAUUCACGGCGUUGGAGGAACGGGCGAGACAGCGGGUUCACGAUAGAGUGACAAGCAUCUUGAGGUAUAUGCUACAUACCUAGGUAGUCUAGCAGGUUAAGUUUGUACAUGCUGCAGGGCGAACAACCUACCAUCCAAUAGAGGGCCCUACCCGUGCGUUUGAGAG